AUGGAAAUUGGAAUGAUUAUCCAUAACGAUCGUCGGACACAGGAUGAAAGGCGCUACAAUAGCCCGACCGCGGAAGAAAUAGCUGUUGUUUUCGAAAGCAUUGAUGGGGCUCCACCGGAAAAUACAGAUAUACGCGGUCAUCUCCUAAUUCCACAAAGAGGAAAUCGAUUCAUUCGAAUCGAUACCCAAAAACCAAUGUGUGAUCCAAUGACCUAUCCGCUCCUAUUUCCCAAUGGAGAUAAUGGCUGGGAUCAAAACAUGAUUCACAGUAACCCAGCUAUUUCAAACCGCUGCCAAACUAAUGAAGACAAUAGCGGAAAAGAAGACAUGACUGAUCGUGAAGCUCAAGUUGUAAGGGAUGCUUCAGAAGAUACUGGACCAGACGCUGUAGAACCGGAACUGGAACCGGAAGAUUCCUUUGAUAUAGACCCUGAUGCACCUGUACUCAGAAGAAGUAAUCGUCGGUCAAGAAUUACACAAUGCGAGUACUAUAGUAGUAGAAUGUCGAUUCGUGGAUACUUCAAUGCUGCUUUAUAUGGUGGUCCUCUCACUCAGCAAUGGAUAGUUGAUUCGUACGUUAAAGUUGAAGCUAAUCGAGUGAAGUAUCUUCAGACUCAUCAGGCAGAUCUACAUGUCACACAGUACAAUGGACUUAUGGAUUAUUUGAAUACUCGAGCUGAAAGUGAGAAAAUGACAGUCGGAACAUCGGUUAUUUUACCAUCAUCUUUCAUUGGAAGUCCAAGAGCCAUGAAACAAGGGUACCAAGAUGCGAUGGCUAUUUGCGGAAAAUUUGAAAAGCCGACUUUUUUCCUUACUUUUACAUGUAACCCGAAAUGGCCAGAGAUCACCGACAGCAUUGAAGCUUAUCAAAUUCCAUCUAAUAGGCCAGAUAUUGUUUCAAGAGUUUAUCAAUUGAAACUAAAAGAACUAAUAAAGGACAUUCAAGAACGUCAAAUUUUGGGGAUUAUUGUUGCAAGGAUUCAUGUCAUUGAAUUCCAAAAGCGCGGUCUUCCCCAUGUCCAUCUACUAAUGUGGGUAGAUGCCAGUGACGUUCCAAUGACUGAAGAUGAUAUAGACAAGACAAUUUGUGCUGAGAUUCCGGAUCCAGUUAAGAGCCCAAGACUUCACAAGAUUGUAAUGAGCAACAUGAUUCACGGUCCAUGCGGAAAAGACAUUAAUCGCAAUUCUCCUUGCAUGGAUGGUGACAUUUGCACAAAAUCUUUUCCAAAACCGUUUGCGGAAGUAACGGUUAUCAACGGAAAUGGAUAUCCUACUUAUCGGAGGAGAAAUACCGGUCGCAGCUACUCGCUAAACAACAGCAGCAGCAGUCAUCGAGUGGAUAAUAGCUGGGUCGUCCCUUACAACUCUUACCUUUCACUAAAGUUCAACUCACACAUCAAUCUUGAGUUUUGCGCGUCCAUUACCAGCAUUAAGUAUAUUUUCAAGUACAUAUACAAAGGACAUGAUUGCGCAAAUAUUCAGAUAAGCAGAGGAGAAAAUCAAGAAGGUCAACAACGCAUUGUAUGGGACGAAAUAACUACUUUCUUAGACACGAGAUAUGUCAGUGCCCCUGAAGCCUCUUGGAGAAUUUUCAAGUAUCCACUUUCUUACCGUUCACACGCUGUUAUUCGACUUGCUAUCCAUCUUCCUCAAGAACAAUCAGUUUUUUUUCAUCCAGGAAUGGAAGAGCAAGCAACCGCCCGGAAAUGGAAACCGAGAAAAAAGAGGAUUAACGUCAUUGGCCGCAUUUAUUCCGUUACCGUCAAGCAAGUCGAAAGACACAGUCUACGAUUGCUUCUUAUCAAUGUACCUGGUGCAACCAGCUUCGAAUAUUUGAGGACAGUCAACGGGAUCCUGCAUCCAACAUUCAAAGAAGCUGCCAUAGCAAGAAACCUUUUGGCUGAUGAUAGCGUUUGGGUACGAGUGAUGGCGGAAGCAAUCGAAUUUGAAAUGCCCGUCCAAUUAAGACAAUUGUUUGUCAACAUUUGCGUUCAUUGCUCUCCAACAAACGCUCGGGUACUGUUAGACAAGAACCUUUCAUAUCUCAUGGAAUAUUUUACGAGACGCGGUCAUGAAGAUGAAAUUGCGAAAAACCUUGCGCUGAAAUGUAUUCAAGAUAUGUUGAGGCAAAGUGGUCACAAUCUUGAAGAAUUUCAAUUGGAAGUUCCUGAUUUUCAAAUGAUUCAUCGACUGAUUGAAGAUGGAGAAGAUGAUAGCUCGGACGAAAUGCGUGCUCGAAAGAGGAGAAGAGGAGAACUAAUGGUUGCUCAGCUGAACGUGGAACAGCAAGCAAUCUUUGACCGUGUCAUGACGUCCGUCAAUGAUAACGUUUGUUCUUCUACAAAUCAUCAGUAUUUUUUGGAUGGACCAGGUGGUACUGGAAAAACAUUUCUCUACAAUACACUCAUUAAUGUGCUUGAAGGACAAGGAAAAUCGGUUAUUGCUGUGGCUUCAACUGUAAUCGCCUAA